AUGCCAGGAACGUUUGGAAACCGAACUCCUGGAGUUUAUGCCACGAUCGAUGAUGUCUCAGUACCCAUUGACUGUUAUUCGCCAGUGUCGAUCGACACAUUACUCGCUACACCAAGUCGUCUUCCAUACGGCACGUUCGAUUACUUUUCCAUUCCCAUAAGCUUUGAUGGCGCGGAGGAUUAUCGUGGACGAACAGAUUUUGUGAUGGAAAUGCCGGACCGUAGUAGAAGAGCCAUCCGGAACAGGUCUUGCGGAAGCUCUCCAGCUUUGAUCAACAUUUUACCUGCCAAGAGUGUGGUACAUACAAUCACACCUUUCGAACCCGAUAUACAGCGAUCGCCGAGCCCAAAGAUUGUUUCGGGAGCCCCAUCUCCACGAGUUUCGAUGGUGUAUAACGAAUAUGGCGAACUUGUCGAUCUUCAGAAGCUUAAGAUACCGCUGACGCCGACGGAAAUGACUAAAACUCAGAUUCUUCGAGUUAUCGGGAGAGCGUAUCAUCAUGAAUUCCGUGAUAGAAUGGGCGAAGUACUUCUUGAGCAGAUGGACGGUAAAUUAUCGUUCAUUGCCAGAAAUGGCCUAAAAGAACAUCAUUUAUCAUAUUGGCAAUAUCAACAGCCUAGUUCUCCGUCACAAGACUUUACUGCGCUGGAAGAUCAUGUAGAGACGAAUCUUGGUCCACCUCAAGUUCUCGAUCUCGGCUGUGGUAGUGGAUCUUGGUGUUUUACAGCGAAAAGUGAGAAUCCAAACUGGAUCGUGCAUGGCAUUGAUGAUAGCAACCACUGGCUCUGCGUCCAUAAAGGUGUUACAAUAAGAGACUUUACGAAGACACCCGCGCCGAGAAAAUCACAGGACGAUUAUUUCAGUAAUGCUGAAUCACUUGAUCCAAAUCCUCAAUUUACUGUUCGGAAUAUCAAUAACCUUCUACAACAUAACAAUCCUUUACCCACCAAUACUUAUAGUCUGGUCAGAGGAAGACAUGUAUUCUAUAAAGUUGAAAGUUACAUGAACUUUUUGGACUCGAUUCGAUUAAUCCUCCAACCUGGUGGAGUUGUAGAGUUUCUUGAAGUUGAUCCUAGACCUCGCACUCCGUUCGUGGGGCCGAAAAGAGUAUGCAGGACGAGAGGAAUCACUGAGGCAACAACCACUUGGACGGAUGAGCUUCUUGAUCGACAGGAAGAUGAUUGUGAUGAAGAUUGUAAGGAAAGACCUACUGGAUGGUCGGCGAGGGUCGAAGAGUACUUGAAGGCGGCUCUUCGUGCUCGUGAUGGAGUUCCAGCCGAGAAUUUGAAAUCGUGGCUCCAAGCUACAGGCUUCUACGAUGUCGAAGAAGUUAUAAUCCACUUGCCAGUUGGUGGAGAUACGCCAACCGGCCAAAAAUUGAGAGACCUACUACUGUAUCAGUUGGAGUUGGAGAACUCAAUUCCCAAGCUGAAGGCAGAACUCCCGGAAGUUGAAAUCGAGGAGCUCUACAGUGGCAAAUACCACAUCAACUUUCACAUUGUAACUGGUCGAAAACCAAGCACGCCUAGAACCGGCGACUUGCUCGCCAAUGGAUCUCGAAAUGAGAUGACUCCCUUCACAUAUCAAGCUAUGGCCCGAGGUGUCGAUUACAUAGCCCCUCAAUGGAAACGUUGUGACCGUGAUUUCGAUAAGGAGGUCACCACUAUCCUCGAUAAGAUUCAGAAGAACAGCCCGGAAGUGGUAUUGAAUAAGUCUCAGGUUGGAGGGAACUGA